AUGUCGUUUUAUCAACUAGCUAUCUGGGUUACUUCAGUGCUUUUUGCUCAAUGCGUAAUCAUACAUACUCCAAAUGGCGAUAUUUUCGGAACAACAUCCGGUAAUGUUGUUGAUACUUACCUAGGUAUUCGCUAUGGUGAAAUUUCAACACGUUGGUCACUAGCGCGUCUACCUCAGCCAUGGGCUGGUAUUAUUAACGCUACACAAUUCGGUUCUAUUUGUCAUCAAUCAGGCCCGUUUAAGCUACCAGUACCAACACCAGAAAGUGAAGAUUGUUUGUUCCUGAAUAUUUGGGUGCCAAAGAAUGGUAGUCAGCCAUUACCAGUUCGUGUUUGGCUGCACGGUGGUGGAUACACAGCAGGUUCAAGUAAUGAUUAUGACAGUGGGAAUCUUGCUGUAUUUUCUCAGUCAAUAAUCAUUACUUUGAAUUAUCGUCUUGGAGUAUUUGGUUUUUUCCCAUUACCAAAUGUUCGUCCUCGUAAUUUGGGUUGGAUUGACCAACAGCUAGCUUUGCAAUGGAUUCAAGAAAAUAUCCCGUCGUUUGGUGGUGAUAAAACAAAUAUUAUGCUCUUCGGUCAAUCAGCAGGUGGAGGCUCCUCUAUUGCUCAUCUUCUGAUGGAGUCCAGUUGGUCAUUGUAUUCGUCUGUUGUAUUACAGUCAUCUGGACCUUUCCGAUUAGCCAAUUGUGUGGAAAGUGAAGAGAUCAAUUGGAGAAUUCUGAACACUACUUUUCCUGAAUGUCAGUCAAACUUAUCUUGUUUUCAGCAAUUGAACGGAUCGCGAUUCUACGAAGAAUUGAAAAUCAAUUGGGCAACGUUGUGGCCGUGUAUCGGUGAAACGUCUCAGUUAUCUGAUCAACCAUUGACAUUAAUUCGCAAAGGAUUAUUCAACAAAAAGGCAAAUGUUCUCGGUGGAUUCAAUUCUAACGAAGGUGAAAGUGCCACAUUCAUAUUCAAUAGUAAUGAUAUGUCCGUUUCAUCGGCUAGAUAUCAACAGUUAGCCGAAGAGUUUCAAGUGCCGCAAGAGUUAGUUAAACGAUAUGAUCCGUCGGCAACUGAUCGGAAUUAUUUUAAAGCGUUCAGCUGGUUAAUCGGUGAUUAUUUAUCACACUGUGCAAAUAUUUAUCUCUUCAAUCAUCUUACAAAAUUGUCUCCAGCUUCUCUUUAUGCUUAUUUCUUCAUUCAUCCCACGGAAAACUGGGCCUUUUCACCAUUAAAUUUCAAUGCCACGCACAUCACCGAGAUUCCCUACGUAUUUCAUAAUCAAUUCGCACUAGCUGCACUAACACCACCCGAAGCCACCUUAUCCUUACAAAUGAUUAAAUAUUUUACAUUAUUUCAUCUCUCCGAACAACCGUGGCCAUCUUAUAAAUCCAAUCAAACGGUAUUUAUAUUCGAUGUUGGAAACAAUACUCGAAACACUCGGCGCGGUUUCGAACAGUCGUUUCUCGACCGAUGUCAAUUCGUGUUGAAAUAUCUCGACGAUGGUGAUUGUCAGGCGUACUUAACGGAACAAGAUUGCUUACAACUAGAUACUUGCCAAUGGGUAGAUAGUCAUUGUGGUGUAAAGCCGACGGCUUCUGCUUCGCAACAUCGUUUCCCCAGUUUUUUGUUCGUUUUUGUUUUCUUAUUUUUAUUAUAA